GAUUUGACCUCCGUCGUCUCCGGCGCUAUGGACGCCGCUGCUCCCGUAGCAGAUCGUUGUCGCUCUGCUUCCACCACUAUCAAUGGCACCCUUCUCAAUUGCCUCACGUGUCACUCCAGCGGCUAAAGAGGGUCAGGCGUCCUCGACAUAUUCCACGGUCGCAGAUGAUGACUGGACCGUCGUCGCAGUGCCAAACGGAGGAUACGUCCUCACGCUCGUUCUCGAAGCGUCCAUCAAGCACCAAAGCGGUACCGACCAACCGGACCCUCUGCAUAUCUCCGCGCACUUCCUGCAGCCCACGAAGAUAAAGACGCCGACCGAAAUCCAAGUGAGGGUCCUCAAGGCGGGGCGGAACUAUGUGAAUAUCUUGGCAGACCUCGUGCAAGCAGGCCGCGCAUGCGUAACGACUCAUAUCAUCUUCGGCAAGGUCCCCAUCCGCUCGCACCCAAUCAUCGCACCCUCAACAGGCUAUGCGCGCCGCCUGCCCCUGCUUCUCGACCACCCUUCGCUGCUCAAGCCGACACAUAUGCCCUCCGCCUACAUAUUUUCGAAGCACUUACAAUGGUCCGAGGACUCAGUAUUGAAGAAACAGAACGAGGCGAAUCAUGCGCGGACACCGGGCGGCGGGGUCGCGCUUUGGGGCGCCUGGAUCGAGCUGAAAGGAGAGAGCGAGCGGGUGACACCGUCCUCGCUGGCCUUCUUCGCAGAUUGCAUACACAACAUGGCGACGCUGUACCCGUCGCAUGUCACGGGUAUCGACCUGUCCAAAGGACUCUGGUCACCUACGUUGACAAUGAGCUUGGAAUACAAAACGCCCAUUCCCUCUCCCUCGGAUGGAUACGCCUCACGGACCGUCGGGGUCUAUGUCAAGAGCGGAUACCUUGCCGAUCCGCAAAACAGACACAACAGCAUCGUGGAAAUCUGGUCCGCGCCAUCUAACAUCGGAGAGGGGAAUGUAGAUGAAGACUGGCAAGGCGCACAAGUGUGUCUGGCCACUGGGUCGCAGAUGCAGCUGAUGGUCGACGGUGCUGUCAACAAGAAAGCUGGAAGAGCGAACUUGUGAUUACUUUAUUGAGCAGUCAUUCGGAUACAUGGUCUGCAUCUAAUUCGGCUAAUCUGAUCUAAUCUUCGCAUGCUGUUGACCCUUGUACUUCGAGAACCGAAACCGACGAAUCAUCGACGUUCUUCGAUGCCGUUCCAACACACGACUGCUUGCAGGCUCGAGCGGUCUUCGCCGGCGAGAUCAUGCGGCUUGGUAAUCAUGCCACAAGUCCACAUCAUGCAAUGCAUGUCGAUAAGUGAUCCAAAAAUAGCACUCACAUAGAGCCGCGGCCCGAUGCGCACCAGGCGAGAAGCCGCUCGGCGUCGGCCUACAGCCACUUCGUACAUAUCUGCACCAAGCGGCACCCGUCGUUACUGAUACUGGGGAAGAAGAUCUCUCACGGCUUCCUCGCCCCCCUGACGACGCAGCGACAGCGACUCGGACUUGCUUCUUGCGCUCCACAUGCCCAAACGCAGCAUGUGUAAUUGUCUCAAGAUAUGUCCGCCUAUAAGAAUACGAUGCAAGAGCACAGGACGGCAAGCUUCGCAAGACGCUCGCCCCUGGAAAUGCUCGCUCUCGCGUUCCUCACUGUCGCACUGACCUUGGUGUCUGCAACACCGCUGUUGGACAACUACGUCGUGCAUGAGAGCAGAGAAGCGGCUCCGCAAGGCUUUGUCGUUUCCAGCGUCGCGCCUGGGGAGACGAAUCUCGAACUCAGAAUCAACUUGGCCCAGAACAACAUCGCGGGAUUGGAGUCUCGUCUGCUGGCGGCUGCCACCCCGGGGAGUGAUACCUACGGACAGUGGCUCUCUGCAGACGAGGUAAACACAUUCUCCACACCAUCUGCAGAGACGUCUGCGGCGGUUUCUGCGUGGCUUUCCUCGCACGGUGUCCAGUCCACCAAGUUCUCGCCUUCCGGCGACUGGAUCUCCGUCAACGUCCCCGUUUCGAAGGCGAAUGAGCUGCUGGGCGCCGACUACCAUGUCUUUACCCACACUGCGAGCGGCAAGACGUCGAUCCGCACGCUCUCGUAAUCGAUCCCUGCCUCGCUGAAGGACCACAUCAAUGUCGUGACGCCGACCACGAGCUUCAGCCGUCCCCGCCAGGCGCUGUCCGUCACAGCCAUCAAGAGCGAGCCGCAGGAACGGGCCAAUAUUUCCUCCGACGCUGUGCCCUCCUCCUGCAAAAAGACGAUGACCCCAACCUGCUUGCAGGCGAUGUACAAUAUCCCGACGACCCCUGCGACGAACAAGUCCGGGUCGAUCGACGUGGCCGGUUUCGUUGACCAAUGGGCCAGCAAAGCGGAUUUAGCGCAGUUCCUCGAGGCCCAGCGCAAGGACAUGAGCUCCACGACUUCUUUCGAUCUGAUUUCGGUGGACGGCGGCGUCAACAACCAAACCCAGUGAGAUGCCGGUGACGAGGCUGACUUGGACAUCCAGUACACUGUUGGGCUGGCCACCGAUGUUCCCGUCACCUUCAUCUCUGUCGGUCCAAACAACCCAGACGGCGACGACAUGGGAUUUUUCGACAUCAUCACGACUCUCAUUGCCGAAUCGGCGCCGCCUCAAGUGCUGACCACGAGCUAUGGCUUCCCGAUCGAGACUUACUUGUCUCAGCCGCUCACAUUUGCCAUGUGCAACGCGUACAUGCAGCUGACUGCUCGCGGUGUCUCGAUCCUGUUUGCCAGCGGUGACGGAGGCGUGGCUGCCACCCCGGGCGAAUCGUGCAGCGGGCAGCCGUUCCUCCCAACUUUCCCGACUUGCCCUUACGUUACGCUCGUGGGUGCAACAGCCGGGACGCCUGAGACCGGUGCCAGACUUUCUGCUGGUGGAUUCUCCAACUACUUCCCUGUCCAGUCAUGGCAGAAAUCCGCCGUCAGCUCUUACAUCAGUUCAAUCGGCACGCAAUACGCUGGCCUCUACAAUACGUCUGGCCGCGGGUAUCCCGACGUCUCCGCUAUCGGAAAGGCGGUCGAGAUCAUAUACAACGGAUCCGGGGUCAAAAUCGAGGGAACGUCCUGCUCGUCGCCCAUCUUCGCGUCCGUGAUCGGGCUGAUCAACGAUCGGCUGCUGGCUGCCGGGAAGCCCGUGCUGGGAUUCCUGAACCCGUGGGUGUAUGCGAACCCGCAGAUGUUCAACGACAUCACAUCUGGCACGAAUCCCGGAUGCGGCACGAAGGGGUUCUCUGCAAAGGCUGGCUGGGACCCCGUCACGGGCAUGGGUUCGCCCAACUUCCCUGCCAUGCUGACUGCAGCCGGUCUCUGAUUUCGAUUUAUUUAUACUCACCUGUGC